UUCACUUUGAAAAUUCUGAUAAAACAACAAGACUUUUUAUCAGUAAAGUAUAUCAAUAUCCCUGCAAAUGUCAAAGUCCAAUUGUUAUUCACAUAAAAAUCACGGAGACGAUCAACUUCUAAGUUUACAACUAUGUGGAUAUACCUCGCUCUAAUUUGCGAUUAUUCCUAAGUUGCAAGAAGAAGGUGUUCAACAAUUGAGAUUUACCAUUUUGGAAGGAUGAAUAAUUUAGUGAUUAUCGUAUCACUAUGUCUACUCCAUGUUGCCGUCCAUUGCAUCCCACUCAAUGAAGCAUCACAAGGUGGUUUCACUCCUCAAGACAGGCAUCUUUCAAGCACAGAUCUGAAUAAAGAAAAGCUCGAAUUAUUGAAAAAACAGAUUGAAGAUUUGGGGAAAAGUUUGGAUAAACUUUCUCAAACAUAUAGACCUCCUCAAGAUUCAGUAGAGGGUACGUACAACGAAGAUGGGGUAAUGUCAGGGAUACCACAGCCAACCAUAGGGGACGAAAUAAAUGUUGACGUAAAAGAUGGAACUGGAAUCCAAACUUUAGAGGGCGACAUAUCACAAAAUAGUAAACUCAAUUCCAUGAGUACCGAACAACUGGAAUUACUGGAAAAAAUAUUAUCGGAGCGUCUUGGAAAUGAAAAACGAGUGAACCAAGAAGAGGCGUUUGACCCCAUGGCCCAAACCAACGUUGUGAAUUCAAAAGACCUUUUACCUGCUCCUCCAAAAGGAAACACUGAAUUACCAGAACGGGGCGAUAGUUUGGGGAGGUUCGCUGGAAGGCCAUUUGCACCGGAAGAACUAGGAGCAGUGAAAGAUUUGCAGGAAGACGAAAAUACUGCAGGGAACGAGGAAACGGCAACAGAGGUUUCAGACGCCGAAAAGAAAAGCGAAUGCAGCUCGAUGGUAUGUUUAGGUACAGUCGAUCCUGUUUGUGGAACAGACGACAAAAACUACGCAAAUGAGUGCAAAUUAACAGUUGCAGCUUGUAAAAACAAAGACCUGAAAAUACGACAUAAAGGAGAAUGUAAAACUGUGGCAGACGUCUUGAUAACUGCGUUGAUGUUGGACAUUCAGCUUCUGCUGGACAAUGGGGUUGAUUUUGAUGAGAUCCACAAGCUCGUGGAGCAAAAGCGCAACGAUAUCAUAUCCAAAUCAGAAACUGGUUCCAUUGCAAAUGCUGAACAGAGGCUGAACUAUCUUGUGAGCAAAGCAAGACAAAAUAACGAGCCGGAUUACACCGAAAGGCCACACAACGGCAUAGUGAUGAUGUAGUAAUGAUUACCAUAUUAAUCGGUUUAAUGAUGUAGAGAUUUCAGUAGUUAAUUCAGUAUUUGUAGGAACAAUGGUCGGCCUACACACCUCCACGGUGGUGCGUCCACAAUAAAGUCAAGUAACAAUUAUACAAAUAACAAAAAUUUAAAUUAAAUACAAAGCUAACAACACUUGAUUGGAGAGAAAAAAGAAAUUACAGUACAGUAUUAAAUAUUAGUAAAGUCUAAAGUAUUACAGGAAAGUCAAAAGAGACGAACAAGAGACCUUUAUAUAAUUAGAAGUCUUUUUUCACAUAUACCGCCCUCUAUUUGAAUAACUGUACUGCCUCCUACCUCUUAGCAGGGGAAUUCAGGUCCUCCGUGCUCUUAGUACUUGGCGCAUAUGAAUGUAAAGUGACUUAAUAGUUGUUGAGUAAAUUACUGUAUAUUAAAAUUGUUAUAUUUUAACUAGAGUUGUAUGUUUAAUAUGAUUAUCAAACACAUAUUAUAUAUUUCUGCAAAUAAAUACUGGUAAAUUUUCCUAUUUAGUUUUUAUUGUGUAUACAUAGGCCUACUCUGUACCGCUUUUAUGCUCUAUAGAUGGAAUUGCAAAAUGUAAACUUUUUUAUAUGUUUAAUAUUGAAUACGAAAACACUAGAAAGCAAUUGUAUUGUAGUCGUUUUUCAUUUGUUGUCUCAUACUUGUUGUGUUGAGCUGCGGUACCGUACUAAGCUUGAAGUAAGUAUUUAAAUUGGUCACUUUGUAUAGGCAUAGCCUAGGCCUAAUCAAGCUGAAUUUAUGAUUAUGGCACCACAUCUCAGACUUUAAAUUUGAAUAAUUUUCUCCAUCUUUUUUAAAAAUUUAAUUUGAAA